UAUGCUGAAAAAUCUGACACCAGAAAGAUAUCACAUGGCGGCCACAAAUUGCCUUCAGCUUCCCGCCAUCGCCAUUGGCAACUUCACACACCCAACCAGGAGCUUCGCUGCAGUCACCCGCUCCUCCCUCACAGAACAAUCCCAGUCCCCCUCCUCCGUCGCCGCCAAGCGCCACCUCCUCCGCCUCGUCUCCGAUCAGGACCGCGGCCUGAAAACCCAAUCCGACCCCCAAAAGCUCUCCCAAAUAAUCGAAGCAAUCGAUUUGCUGGCCGCCGUCGGCCGCGGCACCGUCACCACCGACGGAUCUCUGUCGUCCACGUGGCGGAUGCUCUGGACCACGGAGAAGGAGCAGCUCUUCAUCGUGAAGAAUGCGUCGUUUUUUGGCACCUCCGCCGGCGACGUUUUGCAGGUGAUUGACGUGGAGAAGAAGACCCUCAACAAUGUUAUCACUUUCCCGCCGGACGGAGUCUUCUUCGUCCGGUCAGAUAUUCAGGUUGCUUCGUCUCAGAGAGUCAAUUUCCAAUUUACGAGUGCAGUUCUACGCGGUAAGGGUUGGGAGUUUCCGUUACCACCAUUCGGGCAGGGUUGGUUCGAGUCGCUAUAUAUAGAUGACGAAAUUCGGGUGGUGAAAGAUAUUAGGCAAGACUAUCUGAUUGUCGAGCGUGCUCCUUAUUCUUGGAAAGAAUGAAUUUGAGGGUUCAAAUUACAGUGACUUCUUGUAUUUUAAUUCCAUUUUUUUGGGGUUUCGUCGAAUUUGUAAAUUAUUUGUAUGAUAUAUUUGUUAAUGUACUUCAAUAGAGAGGUGUAUGGUUAAUCUGUACACAGCUCAUUAACAUUCAUAACUAAAAGUUAUGCUGUUGAAAUGUGUAUAUAAAUAUAUAUGAUUUCUAUGGGGCAUGUUUAAUAGGUAGAAAAAAUCGGUUUUGUUUA